UUCAGCAGCAGCAGGCAAAGGAGGGCUGUGCAUUCAGACUUGUCCACCCAAAUCAUCAACUCCCCGCCGCCGCCAUGUCGAAGAGGAAGGUCAGAGAGCCCAAGGAGGAGACUGUCACUCUUGGACCUACUGUCCGUGAUGGAGAGCAUGUUUUUGGUGUUGCUCACAUCUUUGCGUCCUUCAAUGAUACCUUCAUUCAUGUGACUGAUUUGUCUGGGAGGGAAACUCUUGUUCGCAUCACUGGUGGCAUGAAGGUCAAGGCUGAUAGGGAUGAAUCAUCACCAUAUGCUGCUAUGCUUGCAGCACAGGAUGUUUCUACUCGAUGCAAGGAGCUUGGAAUUACUGCUUUGCACAUAAAGCUUCGGGCUACUGGAGGGAACAAGACCAAGACUCCUGGUCCAGGUGCUCAAUCCGCACUUAGAGCCCUUGCUCGAUCUGGGAUGAGAAUCGGCAGGAUUGAGGAUGUCACUCCAAUUCCCACCGACAGUACUCGCCGAAAGGGAGGCAGAAGGGGUAGAAGGUUGUGAAUUCUCCAUUGCGGGGUUUCAGAUGUUGCUGCCAUUUCUUGCAUAUUUUUGGUUUCGAAGUUUAAUUAUCAGCCUCAGCUCUGGCAGAACUGUAGUUUUGUUGAACUAAUGUUAGAUUAAUAUGCCAGAAAGAGAACUAGAACUUAGUUUGGUUGGUCGAAUUCUCAUUUUCAGCUUUACACAACAACUUUAUUGGUAUUUUAUCUUGGAUUUGUUAUUUGGUAUUAUUUCAUAUAAGCAUAAUAUUAAAUAGAAUUUAGUCCUUC